AUGUUGGAAAUUUCCGAUACUUUUUUCCUUUCUUACAUUUUCGUUACGAUUUCAUCAUACUCAAUAUUUGAAAUGGAACAGAUUAAACGUCAACGAUGUGAUAGUUUCGAUGACAAUAAAAGACGGAAAACAGAAGAUUGCCCUAUUACACGAUUUGAAGAUUUCGCUAAUGAAAUUCUUUAUGAAAUCUUUGAUUAUCUUGACUCUUACCAUGCUUACAAAGGAUUUUCCAAUCUUAAUUAUCGAUUUCAAUCUUUUCUCAUAAAAUCGACUCUUCCACUGAGAAUCAACAUUCCUCUCAUGUCUUCAUCAACAUUUCAUCGUUACAACAAUCAUAUUAUUCAACGAAAUCUUCAACGAACGCAUUCAAUUCACAUUUCAAACCAUUUCAUGUAUGAUAUUCAAACACUUCCAUUAGUACAAAUGACAUUUCUUCAAAGACUCGUCGUCGAAAAUAUCGAGUCGAAAUGUUUAGAAAAUCUUCUCAAUCAAUUAACUUUGUUAUCACAUUUAUCUUCAUUGAGUAUCACAACUAUUGAUACAGUUACACAUCAAACUCCUAUUUAUCAACAAAUUUUUCGUUUAUCUUCAUUGCGUUAUUGCAAAUUAUUAUUGAGAAAUCAAAACUAUCAUUGGUAUAGUGUAUCAUCGCUUCACCUAAACGAGCAAAGUUCGAUCGAAUAUUUAAUUAUCGAUUAUGAAAUUAAAUAUAGGCAGCUGAAGGAUUUGCUUUCCUGUGUUCCUCGACUACGUCAUUUCUCGUUUCAAAUAAGACCAGAUUUUGAAUCUUUAUCAAGCAAUGUACCAUGUCAUGUCCCAGAUAGUUUAACAUAUCUCUCUCUGAAAUCAAAUUGCAGACUUGCAUUCGAGGAAUUGGAACGUACCCUAGUCAAUCAUUUUCCUCUUGUUGAGGUUUUACGUAUCUCCGUAUCAAUAAAGACUUUAGAUGCGAACAAAUGGAAACAAUUGAUAUCAACACAUCUAUUAAAACUACGUAUUUUUGAUGUCAGGUUGGAAGUUUAUUCAUCUAGCGAAGUAGAAAAUGCAGCUUAUGAAGAGCAAGUUAUUGAAUUUCAAUCCUCGUUUUGGAUUGAACGUCAAUGGUUUUUUCGCUCUGAACUAAUUCGAAAACGACAUUUAAAAUCAUAUAUUUUGUAUUCAACGAAUCUCUAUCGGAAAAAAGAUUAUUUAUUAUAUAAACAAUCCUAUGAAGAAAAUUUCACAGAUGAAAAUCGAACAAUGUUCUCCUCAGUUGAUCAUGUGCAAAUUGAAGAUGAAAAAGCAGUACAUCAAUGUAUGUGCUAUUUUCCAAAUGCUACCAAAGUUACUCUAGAAGAUCGAUUUUCAACUGCUGGUUAUGCGAAAUUUUCCAUUGUUUUCAACCGUAUUUUAUCUUUACAACGAAUAAAAACUUUAGUGAUCAAAUAUGAUCGUUUUUCCGUUAUGAAAAUGAUUAAUUUACUUACGUGUAUUCCUAAUCUUCAAACAUUAGCAUUUCAAAGCAUGUCUCUUUACAAAAAGGAAAGCAAAUCCAUUGAACAAAGCAAAAAAUUCCAGUCAUUGUCGAAGAUAAAUCGCAUCACGAACGUCAGUUUUGAAGAAAGAUCUACACUAGACAAGAUCGAGUUACUUGUGAAGUUAUUUCCUCGUAUUCAAUAUUUUGAAAUGAAUGUAUUUAUGAGACAUAUGGAAGCAAUAUUACAGCUGCUUUUAUUAAAACAAAAUAUGCCUAAUCUGCCGUUGAUAUGUUUUACAUCUGCAGAUGAAGCACAUUUUCGGCAUCUGACUGAUUUAAUUAGAUCUAAUAUGUUAUCUUCUGAUUACAAAGUAGCAUAUGCCGAAAGAAGAUUAUACCUAUGAUCGCUUAAAUUAACUUUCAAAUUCUUUUGA